AUGGCUUUUGGUAGGAAAGGUCACAUCUGCUUUCUGAAUCCCACUGUAACUGUGAAUGUUUGCGGUGCCACCACAUCCCAUGUACAAGAGAAUAGAAGGGCAAACACAAACCCCAAGCAUCUCGGUUCCUUGCAUAAACGAAGCGUCUCCAGCACAGGGCGUUGGGGGAGAGCAGGGCUCGGGAAUAAGCAAGAGGCCCGCAGCCCUGGAGACAGCGCCCGAGGGAUGGAGGCCUCGCUCGGCUGCGCACGGGCGCUGGGGGGCUCCGGGAGCGCAGACCCCGCGAGGUCUAGAAAAGGGGCCCUCACCGGACCCCUAUCCCUGGACCGCCAGGUUACACCUUCACUGCUCACUAGCUGCAACGUCCAGCCGCGGUGGAGGACACCAGGCAGGCGGCCAACCCCAGUGGCAGCGGCGCCUCCGGGCAGCGCGGUCCCGGGGGAGGGCGGCAGCUGGGCCGCGGCCUGUCCGCAGGGGCAGCGGGCACAGGGCCGCGAGUGGGCAGCGCCUCCGCCCCGCACAAACAAAGCGGCCCCGGCGCGCCGGGCGCGGGGUGGGGUAGGGGGCGCUGGCCGGGGGCACUCACCGGAGGGCGGGCGGGCGCGAGCGGGCCUGGCCCGGGAGCGGGGACCGCGGCGGGCCCGAGUGCGCGCCGGCGACGGGGAGGGGGCGGCGGGCGCGGCGUCCGCGGUGUCCGCGGCGGGGCCCGGGAGCCCCGCGGCGGGGCACGGGGGCCGCGCGCCGGCCUCGAUUCUGCGGCCGCGAGGUGCGGGAAGCGGUCCGCCGGGGCGGGCAGCGGCGCUAGGCGGCCGGGGCAGCGACGCCGCCGCCUUUCCGUUCUCCUGCCCCAGUCCCUGCUCCCCCGCGUCCUCCUCCUCGCUGGGUCCCCGCCGCCGCCGCCGCCUCAGCCUCGGCGCUUCGCGGGCUUCUCCUCUCCAUCAAGGCCGGGCCGACCCGCAGGGACCAUCCCGGAAAGUGAGGGGUUGUUGCCGUUUCCCGCAGCUGUUGGUGGCCAUCUUUAAUCCUCCUCCUCCUCCUCCUCCUGCUUUCUCCACCUCCCGCUGGCUGCCUGACUGACUGACUCUGGAUCCUCCUCUUUCUCCUCCUGCUCCUCCUACUGAGCCGGCCGCAGAAAUUGCAGCCACUCUUCCUCUCUCCCCUCCUGCCUUUCCUUCCUCUUUCCUUACUU